UUUUCACUUCCAGCUGUUUUCCUUCUACAUGAUGUGAUUUAUCGCAGUUACAUUUUAUCAGUUGUUUUAGUACAUUUUAUGGGAUCUAUUCUUAGACAAAAGUGGCAAAUUUAUUGAAACUAACAUGGCAACUUUUACUCGAACAUGAUGUCACCUUCAUUGUGACAUAGAUGGCAACUACAUUCAAUUACACAUGACAACUACAACUCAAUUUAUUAUAAAACGGGCACCAACUUGUCUUCGACGUGGUUUUAGAUGAUCAAAGGUUUCUUGUUCAUUCAUCUAAUUUUUAUGGCAAGUUCACUGCAUAGCACAUGGCAACUGUAACCAUAUCUUUUCCAUGUUAAGCCCCCUUCUUUUGUUGCGGAUCAUGUUCCCCAUAUUCCAAUCCCUUGCACCAAAUAAUCUAGUUGAUAAGUGUGGUCACCACCACACCACAUGCACUGACCUCAAGCACCAACGGUUCGAGGUGCUUGAAUCACUUCGUUCAGGAGAUGAUACCAUCCUCACUUCCCAUGUUGAUUUCUUUAUCAACAUCCUCAAAGAAACAUGGAACCGUCAUCACGGAAGCUCAAAUGUCCAGAGCAGUCACUUCCCAAUCGAGUAUGUCUUGACCACCAAGCAAGGCAACGGGUAUGAUUGUGGCUAUCACAUGUUGGAAUACCUUGCAAAGUGGCAAGGAAUAAAGGUUCCUUCCAUCAGAAAAGCAUGUGUAGCUGAGCUCCAUAAAAUCUUGACGUGGAACUGGGUGACGAAUGGAGAUUUCAACAAGCGGCCUUCACCAUGGGAUUUCAUUGAGGAAGCUGUCAAACCCGCCCGCAAGAAGUACAAGUGAUCACGUGGUGGUUGAUCCCCCCGACUACUUUACAUUUUGUGCCGGAUGAAUGUAAGGUAUCGUCCGCUCUUCGAAAACCAUGUACAUGUGCUAUGUUUUGUCUUUUGAUGUAACCGUACUUUUUAGCGAUGGCUUUUGUGCCCCGUUUUAUCAUGUAAUAUAAGUGUGCAACUGAAUCUGUUUAGGUAUAACAACCAGUAUCUUAUGGUUUA